AUGAUUUAUGGGAGCAAUUCGAGGCCUCUAGGAAGCAGUCCAACUCAAUGGUGUGCGCCCCCCUCUGAGGUGAUCAAACUAAAUGCGGAUGCAUCUAUUAGCAAUGAUGGGUGGGUUGGCUUAGGAGUUGUGGCUCGUGACCCGAGUGUGCAAGUGAUUUUUGCGGCGGUUAGAAGAUGUCGUGCCUAUUGGCCCUCGGAGGUGGCCGAAUGUAAGGCUGUUCAUAUGGCCCUAAGAUUAACUAUUUCGCACGGCUUAUCCCAUGUUAUUUUUGAGUCGAAUUUGCAGGUGGUCUCCUCCAAACUCUCCAAGGCUGCAUUAUAUUUUUCAGAUUUGGAUCCCAUUUUUGGUAAUGUCCUCUCCAUGUGUAACACUUUUAUUUCCAUUCGUUUUAGCCAUGUCAAAAGAGAUGGAAAUACUGUUGCCCAUAAUUUAGCUAGAGUAGUGCCGUUUGUAGUUGAGCAAUGUUGGGAACGUCAUAGUCCUAGCGAUGUUGCCCCUUAUGUAUUCAUGGACUCUUUGUCCCUUGAUUAA